AUGAGAUGGCCAGUACAAGAGUAUUUUUUUUUCUAUUCACCUGGGUUGUUGAAAAAAGUUCAAAUACAUAACGAAAUAUUAGCCGAGACUAGAGUGAUAAAAAGAGCCCAAGAGCACCCGAGUAUCAUGUCUCAAGGCUCAAAUAUUUCGAACCACGAUGCUAGAUUGCCUAUAUGGGUGCUUUCACCUCGAGAAGAGAAGGAAGCUCGCUCGAAUUUGAAGCAGACAGCAUAUAAGAAAUGUGAUGAUUUAGUGAGGUCAAUGGCAGAAUGUGCCAAGGCUAAUGGUCUUAAGUUGUUUCCUGCAUGUGAGAAACAGCGUGAUAAGAUGACUGAAUGUAUACUUUUCUAUCAAGUGGAUACGAAAUACCUAGAUCAGGAAAGGGAUAAGAUAGUGGAAAGGAAAAUCAAUAGACUGGAGGAGCAAAUUAAGAGAAGUAGAAGUUAG